AUGUUUUUACGGGCUCUGCAACUUGCCCGUCCUGUUGCAAAGAAAAUCCGAAAACCGUCCAUUUAUGUUGGAAAUCUAAGAAUAGUGUCCUACAAAGACCAAGUUCGAGACCAUUUCAAGGAGUACGGUACUAUCGAAAGGAUUGAUAUACCUCUUAACUUUGAUUUGGGAAUUCAUCGUGGGUUUGCGGUCGUCUACUUCAGAGACGAAGAGUCAGUAAAGAAGGUUUUGGAGAGCCCUCCUGGAUCACAUAUUAUAGAUGAUGCUGUAUUAAGAGUUAAACGUAACGAAAAAUAA